AGGAAUGUGUGGUUAUGGUUGUUUUUUUAGGCGGGAUUUUUUGACAGUGAAAGUGAAAAAAAAAGCUUUAGCUCAGUUAGCUACAAUGGCGGUUUCAAUGUUCAUAGCUGUUAACAGUACUGUGAAGUUGAACUUUCCAAUUGUAAAGAAGGUGGAUAAGGUGCCUAUUGAAUCCUUCCGUGGUUUGUACAAGCCUGUGCGUUGUUUUCCGGUAGAACAGCAGGUUGAGGCAGGAAUCUUAUGUGAGCCUUGUGGUGGCACUGGAUGGCUGCUCUGUGAUUUUUGUAAAGGUCAGAAGACCAAUGUGAAAUCUGAGACUAACAAAAUUUAUCGUCGGUGUCCAUCUUGUAGAGCUACGGGAUACUUAUUGUGCUCAAAAUGCAAAGUUUUCAAAUGUGUUACCUUCCCAAAUGAUGAAGAUGGUGAAGUUCUCAGUUUUUGACCUUGUAAUAUUCAUCUUCACUAAUUAUCAUACAUUUAAUUUUACUCACUUGCAAGUUCA